UAUAUUUUUUUUCUUAAAAAGAUGAUGCUUUUGGUGAAGUGGGUUUUCUGCCAUAGAAAGCAAUUUUUUCUUGAUGUUGAAAAUAUUUAUACUUUUAACCCAAAUUUAAAAGAAAAGAAUAAAGAUUUGAUUUUUGAUUCUUCCAAUCCAUCAAAUACCAAAUUAUCUGGAAACUGAGUACAUCUUGUUUUCUGCUCAUUCCUUUCUCUCUGUUCAGCAAUGGAGAGUACUAUACUCAACAUGAUGACGAUGAGAAGAUCUUUAGUUUACUUCUUGGGAUUCCUUUGCCUUCUCAGCUCUGUAAACGGGUUGCUUUCAUCUAAAGGAGUUAACUUUGAAGUGCAAGCUUUGAUGGACAUAAAAGCUUCAUUACAUGAUCCUCAUGGUGUUCUUGAUAACUGGGAUAGAGAUGCUGUUGAUCCUUGUAGUUGGACAAUGGUCACCUGUUCUCCAGAAAACUUUGUCACUGGCCUGGGCACACCUAGCCAGAAUUUAUCUGGUACAUUAUCUCCAAGCAUUACCAACUUAACAAAUCUUCGGAUUGUGCUUUUGCAGAACAACAACAUAACAGGAAAAAUUCCUUCUGAGAUUGGUCGGCUUACGAGGCUUGAGACUCUUGAUCUCUCUGAUAACUUCUUUCGUGGUGAUAUUCCUUUUUCAGUAGGCAGUCUACGAAGCUUGCAAUACCUGAGGCUUAACAACAAUUCUCUCUCAGGAGUAUUUCCUCUGUCACUAUCCAACAUGACUCAACUUGCCUUUCUCGAUUUAUCUUACAACAAUCUUAGUGGCCCUGUCCCAAGAUUUGCUGCAAAGACCUUUAGCAUCGUUGGGAACCCGCAGAUCUGUCCAACGGGUAAUGAACCAGACUGCAAUGGAACUACAUUGAUACCAAUGUCCAUGAACUUGAAUGAAACUGGAGCUUCUCUAUACACCGUUAGAUCGAAGAAUCACAAAAUGGCAAUCGCUGUUGGAUCCAGCGUUGGGAUUGUAUCAUUGAUCUUCAUUGCUGUUGGGUUGUUUCUCUGGUGGAGACAAAGACAUAGCCAAAACACAUUCUUUGAUGUUAAAGAUGGGCAUCAUCAUGAGGAGGUUUCACUUGGAAAUCUGAGGAGAUUUGGUUUCAGAGAGCUUCAGAUUGCGACUAAUAACUUCAGCAGUAAGAACUUAUUGGGAAAAGGCGGCUAUGGAAAUGUGUACAAAGGAAUACUCGGAGACAGCACUGUGGUUGCGGUGAAAAGGCUUAAAGAUGGAAAUGCAUUAGGAGGAGAGAUUCAAUUUCAGACAGAAGUCGAAAUGAUCAGCUUAGCUGUUCAUCGAAACCUCUUAAGACUGUAUGGUUUCUGCAUCACGCAAGCUGAGAAGCUUCUGGUUUAUCCUUACAUGUCCAAUGGAAGCGUUGCAUCACGAAUGAAGGCAAAACCGGUUCUUGAUUGGAGCAUUAGGAAGAGGAUAGCGAUAGGAGCUGCAAGAGGGCUUGUGUAUCUCCAUGAGCAAUGUGAUCCCAAGAUUAUCCACCGUGACGUCAAAGCAGCUAAUAUACUUCUUGAUGACUAUUGUGAAGCUGUGGUUGGAGAUUUCGGUUUGGCUAAACUCUUGGAUCAUCAAGAUUCUCAUGUCACAACCGCGGUUAGAGGCACGGUGGGUCACAUAGCUCCUGAGUAUCUAUCAACUGGGCAAUCCUCAGAGAAGACCGAUGUUUUCGGGUUUGGGAUUCUUCUUCUUGAGCUUGUGACCGGACAAAGAGCUCUUGAGUUUGGUAAAGCGGCCAACCAGAAAGGGGCGAUGCUUGAUUGGGUUAAGAAGAUUCAUCAAGAGAAGAAACUUGAGGUGCUUGUGGAUAAAGAGUUGCUGAAGAAGAAGAGCUAUGACGAGAUUGAGUUAGAAGAAAUGGUGAGAGUAGCUUUGUUGUGUACACAGUAUUUGCCUGGACAUAGACCGAAAAUGUCUGAAGUUGUUCGAAUGCUCGAAGGAGAUGGACUUGCAGAGAGAUGGGAAGCUUCUCAAAGAUCAGACAGUGCUUCGAAAUGUAGCAACAGGAUCACAGAAUUUAUGUCAUCUUCAGACAGAUACUCUGAUCUUACUGAUGACUCUACUUUACUUGCGCAAGCAAUGGAGCUCUCUGGUCCUAGAUGAAAUCUAUACAUGUAUCUAAAGAAGAAGAAGAAGAAGAAGAUGUUUCUGUUUCUUGAAUCUUGAGGGAUUCUUGUUCUUUUUUUUUUUGUAUAAUAUAGAGAGUUUGUUUUUUGGGAAUGUUGUGUCUCCGUAACUGUAUAGGCUUUGUUAUGUAAGGUGUUAAUUUACUGUACUUAGGAGUUAGGGUUAAUUCAUAGUUAUUUACAUUGUAUGUUCUUGGAUUUCAUGCUUGGAAUUUGGGAAUUUCAAGUUUGAGAAA